CCACUGCCGACAUCCUAUCAACCCUGAAUGAAGGGCAUCCGCGCUCAAGCUUGCCUCCUCCCGCCAUGAGGAAGUACGCGCUGCCCUUGCUGGUGCUCCUCUUACCUCCUCUGACCAUCGCACGAACCUGCGAGAACUAUGGGGUUCAGAACGGCUCGUCUUGUGCUUGUCCGGUCGGGUUUGGGGGCGACUCGUGCUCGGACAUGGCGUGCGGGGGCACCAUCUUCGACGGUGCUCAGAGAUCUAUAACGACCCAUCGAUCUGGCGCGUUCGCCAACUUGACCGCGUCGGACUGCUCUUGCGACGAUGGGUGGACGGGGACUGGGUGCAACGUCUGCCAGACAUCAAGUGCCUGCCAGGCUUGGGAUGGAUCCUCCUCAUCCUCUUCAUCUUCCCUUGGCGACACGACCUCCAUCCAAGAUAACACACUCGUGUGCAACACGGAACCCCGCGUCUACGCCUCCAGCCAGAUGAGCUGUGACGUUAAGAACCCCACCCUUCAGGCCAUCUUCCCGCUGUCUUCUACAUUGAACAUCAUGCGCACCCUAGACCCGUCGCUCUCCCCGCUUCCCAACGUCACCUCCUUCGGCGCGUCAAUGUCGGUCUUCGCGCAACUCAUAUACGAUGGAGUUGAGCCGUUCUACUGUACGGCAGACUCGUGCACGCAGGACUUCGACAACAGCACGAACACGGCGGACUGGAGUUGCCAGAACCUGCAAUGUACUUGCCGCGCGAACACCAGUUUUUGCGGCGGGGUGUCCAUUUCGGAUAUUACGCAGGUCAUCAAUGGGCUCAGCGGCGAGCUCGAUAUCGACUGCGAAACUCCGGAUUCCUCGGGUCAAGCUGCGUGCUCCUUCAAGCAGAGCAUGCUCACCAGUCUCUUUGGCGCAGAUGGCUUAUCGCUCAGCGGCUGCCGCUUCGGUGAAUGCGUGCGGCAAUAUGUCAUUGACAAUGCCACCGAUUCGUCUUCCACUGAAGAUGAUCCUGGGAGCUCGCUUAGCGCCGGGAUCAUCGCAGGACUGGCCGUUGUCGGCGCGCUCGUCGGGCUCGUCCUUUUGUUCAUUGCACUCGGAUGUCUCAAGCAGCGCCGAGCACGUCGCACAGGGCAUGUCGACUUCGGCAAUGGACGCGUAGGCAUCGCAUGGCGGAACCUCACCUACACAGUCGCUGGAGACAAGACCGUCCUCGACGAUGUCACCGGCGCCGUCCGCCCCGGUCAAAUUGUCGCCAUCCUCGGCCCCAGCGGCGCCGGCAAGACCACCCUCGUCGAAAUCCUCGCCGGCAAAAGCAAGUCCGGCGACAUCACCGGCAGCGUCACCUACACCGGCACCCCCGACAGCACCCGCCGCCCCCGCAUCGGCUUCGUCCCCCAGCAGGACGUCCUCCCCUCCAUGCUCACCGUCCGCGAGGCCCUCCUCUUCGCCGCGCGCCUGCGCCUGCCCGAAGCCCUCCCGGACACCGACAAGGCCGCCCGCGUCGAUGCGCUGAUUGAGCGCCUCGGCCUGACCGGCGUCGCCGCCACCCGCAUUGGCGGCGCGCGCACGCGCGGGAUCUCGGGCGGCGAGAUGCGCCGCGUGUCCAUCGGGCUCGAGCUCGUCGGCUGCCCCGAUGUACUCAUCCUCGAUGAGCCGACCAGCGGGCUGGAUAGCGUGUCCGCGGCGCGCAUCGCGAACGUCCUCCGGGAUAUCGCGCACGACCCGGCGCGCCCGACGGCGGUGGUGGCGAGCAUACACCAGCCGAGCAGCCAGCUGUACCACGCGUUCGACGGGGUGGUGCUGUUGGCGCAUGGGAAUGCGCUGUAUGCGGGGCAUGGGAGAUUUGGGCCGGUGAACUACUUUAGGGGGAGGGAGGGGGUGGGCGAGUAUCCGGAGGGGUACAAUGUGGCGGAUUAUCUGCUGGAGAUUGCGAGUGACGCGCCGGCGGGGUUGUUCCAGAGGGGUGUCGCCUAUCGGAAGGAGGGAUCCUCGUUUGCGAGGGGUGCGUCGGCGUCGGACCAAGCGAUCUCGGAGAAGACGAGCGCAGACGAUGUGGAGAUGCUCGCCAAGGGCCACAAGCAUUCGCGCCAAUGGAACUCGAGGUCGGCAGGAGGAUGGAGACGUAGGUCGCCAUCGUGGCCGACUUUGCGCGAGGAUUAUGCGACGACGUUCUUGACGCAGAUCGAGGUUUUGUCGGGGCGGGAGUGGAAAAUCUUGCGAAGAGACAAGACCCUCUGCCUGGCUCACAUCGGUAUCGCCUCGGUGCUCGGCGUCUUUUGCGGUGGUCUCUACUACCACACGGAUCAAAGCAUCGCAGGCUUCCAGUCUCGCGUCGGUUGCUUGUUCUUCGUGGGUGCCCUCAUCGCGUUCUCCUCGCUUAGCGCGCUGUUCAAUGUCGUCCAAGCGCGUGAGCUCUUUUUACGCGAGCGAUCAAGUGGGUUUUACAGCCCGACUGCGUGGUUGGCGACGCGCAUCUUGUUCGACGUCGUCCCACUGCGGCUAUUGCCCACGAUCAUCGUCUCGACAAUAACGUACUGGAUGGCCGGCCUUGCGGACGAUGCAGCUCAUUUCUUCAAAUAUCUCUUCAUCCUCGUCCUAUAUACGCUCGCCAUCACGCUUUGGAACUUCUUCCUCGGGACUCUAUUCGAGAACGGCGGAGUUGCCAUCCUUCUCUCAGCGCUGUCAGCGCUGUAUCAAAUGACAUUUGCCGGCUUCUUUGUCCACCUCACUUCUAUACCGCCCGUUCUUCGUUGGCUGCAGUGGCUCUGCCCGCUGAAGUACUGCCUCGAAGCGCUCUCCGUCAACGAGGUCGGUGCUGGACUGAUGAUUGAGGACACGUUGGAGGGUGUGCCGGUGAAUGUGUCCGCGAGCUUGAUCAUGGAGAUGCUCUUCGGCUUCAAGCAGAACGCGUACUAUAGAGACGUGUUGCUUCUCUUUGCUUUCAUCGCUGGGUUCGGGAUCGCUGCGGUCAUGGUGGUGUGGUUGAAGGUGCGAGAGAGGAGAUGAAGAGAAUAUUGGGGGACGAACCUGUAGGAGGAAUUUUCGGACUUUGUAGUAUUCAAUGGACUCGCUUCUGUGUAUCAUUACGGUCAAGAAUAUGUAGAAUCCCAAGAGGGUAGACGAACAUGCAACGAAGACUCGUAAGCGGACCGUUCGGGCGCGUACGAGUAUGACGUCGA